GUCCAGCUUCCCCGGGGGAUCCUCCCGCCUCCCUCCCGCCCACACUGCAGGUCGGUGACCCCACUUGGGAAACACUAGGCUUGCUCAUAUAAGGAGCCCAGGCGCCGCCAGUGUGCUCAGCGAUGCCGUCUGCUCGGUGGCCCUGCCUCAUCUUGGCUCUGCUCUCCGGUGUGGCGGUCUCUGGCUUCCCUAGAAGAUUAUGCCGGCUACUCGGGAAACGGAGCCUCCCGGAAGGGGUGGUCGAUGGCAUCGAAGUCUACAGCACCAAGGUCCACUGCAAGGUGACCUCCCGCUUCGCUCACAAUGUCGUCACCACCAGGGCCGUCAACCACGCAGACACUGCCAAGGAGGUUUCUUUCGAUGUGGAGCUGCCCAAGACAGCCUUCAUCACCAACUUCACCUUGACCAUUGACGGUGUUACCUACCCUGGGAACGUCAAAGAGAAGGAAGUUGCCAAGAAGCAGUAUGAAAAGGCCGUGUCCCAGGGCAAGACAGCUGGCUUGGUCAAGGCCUCUGGGAGGAAGCUGGAGAAAUUCACGGUCUCAGUCAACGUGGCUGCAGGCAGCAAGGUCACCUUUGAGCUAACCUACGAGGAGCUGCUGAAGAGGCACAAGGGCAAGUAUGAGAUGUACCUCAAGGUCCAGCCCAAGCAACUGGUCAAGCACUUUGAGAUCACAGCAGACAUCUUCGAGCCCCAGGGCAUCAGUACGCUGGAUGCUGAAGCCUCAUUCAUCACCAAUGACCUCUUGAGCAGCGCCCUCACCAAGUCCUUCUCAGGGAAAAAGGGCCACGUGUCCUUCAAGCCCAGCUUGGAUCAACAACGUUCAUGCCCAACGUGUACUGACUCCCUCCUCAAAGGAGAUUUUAUCAUCACCUAUGACGUGAACAGAGAGUCUCCAGCCAACGUGCAGAUCGUCAAUGGCUACUUCGUGCACUUCUUUGCACCUCAAGGCCUUCCAGUGGUGCCCAAGAACGUGGUCUUUGUGAUUGACGUCAGUGGCUCCAUGCACGGUCGGAAAAUGGAGCAGACAAAGGAUGCCCUCCUCAAAAUUCUGGAGGAUGUGAAAGAGGAUGACUACCUGAAUUUCAUCCUGUUCAGUGGAGGUGUGACCACUUGGAAAGACACUUUAGUUCAAGCCACUCCUGAGAACAUCCAGGAGGCCAGGAAAUUUGUGAUGACUAUUCGUGAUCAAGGAAUGACCAACAUCAACGACGCGCUGCUGAGGGGCAUCAGCAUGCUGAACAAGGCCCGGGAGGAGUACAGAGUCCCGGAGAGGAGCACCUCCAUCGUCAUCAUGUUGACCGACGGGGACGCCAAUGCGGGUGAAAGCAGACCUGAAAAAAUCCAAGAGAAUGUGCGGAAUGCCAUUGGUGGCAAGUUCCCCUUAUAUAACCUGGGCUUUGGCAACAAUCUGAAUUAUAACUUCCUGGAGCGUAUGGCCCUGGAGAACCAUGGGCUUGCCCGCCGCAUUUAUGAGGAUUCCGAUGCCAAUUUGCAGUUGCAGGGCUUCUAUGAGGAGGUGGCCAACCCGCUGCUGACAGAUGUGGAGGUGGAGUACCCUGAGAAUGCCAUCCUGGACCUCACCCAGAACAGUUACCAGCACUUCUACGACGGCUCUGAGAUUGUGGUGGCUGGGCGCCUGGCAGAUGAGGACGUGAACAGCUUUAAGGCGGACGUGAAGGGCCACGGGGCCAUCAACGAUCUGACAUUCAGUGAGGAGCUGGACCUGAAGGAGAUGGAGAAGGCCCUGAAAGAGCGGGACUACAUUUUUGGGAACUACAUUGAGCGGCUCUGGGCCUACCUCACUAUCGAGCAGCUCCUGGAGAAAUGCAAGAAUGCCCAUGGUGAGGAGAAGGAGAACCUCACAGCCCAGGCCUUGGACCUGUCCCUCAAGUACCACUUCGUGACUCCACUGACCUCCAUGGUGGUGACCAAGCCUGAGGACAACGAGAACAAGACAGCCAUUGCCGACAAGCCUGGGGAAGGGCCUGUGGAAGCAGAAGUGAUCCCCUCCACGGCUUACCUGACCAACUCCAGGCCUCCCCAGACACCCUACUACGUGGAUGGGGACCCCCACUUCAUCAUCCAAGUUCCAGAGAAGGACGAUGCCAUCUGCUUCAACAUCGACGAAGACCCAGGCACAGUGCUGCGCCUCAUUCAGGACCCUGUCACAGGCCUCACAGUUAACGGGCAGAUCAUUGGUGAGAAGAGAAGCAGCCUGGACUCCCAGACCAGAAAGACUUACUUUGGCAAGCUGGGCAUUGCCAAUGCUCAGAUGGACUUCCAGAUUGAGGUGACACCGGAGAGGAUCACCCUGUGGCAUGGGGCUGCACAGAGCACGUUCAGCUGGCUGGACACAGUCAUGGUCACACAGCAUGGGCUGUCUGUGACGAUCAACAGGAAGAAGAACAUGGUGGUCUCCUUUGGAGAUGGGGUUACUUUUGUGGUUGUCUUGCAUCAGGUGUGGAAGAAACAGCCCAUCCACCAUGACUUCCUGGGCUUCUAUGUGGUGGACAGUCAUCGGAUGUCAGCACAGACACAUGGGCUGCUGGGACAAUUCUUCCACCCCUUUGACUUUGAAGUGUCUGACGUCCACCCAGGCUCUGACCCCACAAAGCCAGAUGCCACAAUGGUGGUGAAGAACCAUCGGCUGACGGUUACCAGGGGCUCCCAGAAGGACUACAGGAAGGACGUCAGCGUUGGCACAAACGUUGCCUGCUGGUUCGUCCACAACAAUGGGCAAGGGCUGAUUGACGGCGUCCACAGCGACUACAUUGUCCCCAACCUGCUCUGAGUGGA